AUGCCAACGGUUCAGAUCCAGUCGGUCGUUGGACAGCAUACAGGUGGUACCACUACUACUCUAAGUACUGCCAUUGCUACCGGUGAAACACCAUUAAUUUCAACGUCAGUUUUGGAUGAAGACUUCACUCGUCGCUUGAUUGAAGCUGUGAAAGCACAGCCCUGUUUAUACAAUCCCAGUCAUGAACAUUAUGGGAACAAACAUUCUAGCGCUCAAUACAGAAUUCAAGUGUGGCAGAAGCUACGUGCUGAACUUGGUUUCAAAGAUGACGCACAUGCGUUACAAAUGCAGUGGAAAAGAAUACGUGAUCGGUACGUACGUGAACGGCGGAAGCGACGAAAUGUUGAUUCGGGUGAAAAUAAUCAGGAUUCUCUUAUUACCGGUCGGGAACGUCAUGCAUCAGGUGGUUCUAACUGUUCCACAUCAAGCAGUGUCGCUAAUGUGAACACAUCACUUUCUUCACAACAGUUUACCGAAAUGAUGCGAUGGAUUGAACCAUUUUUAGUUGAUAAUAUGACGAGUAAUGUUCACUCUACAUCUCUUAGUGCACUUGCAAGUUCAAGUAUGCAGCAUCAGCAGAUUCAGAAUAUCACUUCACAACAACCAAACGACAGUCAAGGUCAAAAUGGUAGCACUCUAGCAGUGAUUGCGCCAGCAAGAGUCAGUAAUCCUGGAACAUAUUUAGUACAUUACAACCUUAUAGGUAACGUCAAACAAGAAGCUUCUAAUCAGGGAAUGUCCAUUAGUUCUACAGACGGUAUAACUGUAAGCAGUUACCAACAAACCAAUCAACUUCAAAUGGUAAACACACAAGUUUCAUGUGAAUACAACACUUUGCGAGAUCAUGGAUUGUUGAAUGGGUCGAAUAGUGACAGAAAUACGAAUGCUCUUUCAUCGUCUACCACAGAUAAUGGAAGUCCAUGUUCGUCAACAGCAAGUAGUGAGAUAGACGUUGGAACAGCAACAGCUUCGCAUUCUAGUCAAGUUGUUUUGCAACAGCGGCAGCGACAACCUCUAGCGCAGCACCCGUCCAGUAUGGUAAUGUUGACUACCGUCCAGUCGCAGCAGAUGGCAUCACCUCAGCAGCAGCAACAACAACCCAUUUUGUUACCUAAAGUAGAAUCAAGGUCAAGAGUAGGACAACAGUUACAAACAUCCGAUGGCGGAGUAGUAACAGUUACCGCACGAGGUGUAGCACCGGUGACUAGUGUGAUUAAGAAGGAUGUUAACGUCAGGACAAAUGAUGGCGGUACUGUGACAAUGAUUAUUGAUCCGACAACUUUUUACCAACAUGGGUCGCAAAAAAUGUAUCGGUUAGUAAAUGUGUCAGAAUUGAAUACUGAUGCAGUAUCUACGAAUAACGGCUUGUCGACAGUUUGUGGCGAAUUGAAGAUAGUGGGUAUUCCACAACGUAGAAAACGCGUUGCAGCAAUUAGUGUGCAAGGCAUGUCAAAUGGUCGUGGACAAUUAGGCGACGAAGUUCUGGAUGACGUGGUUUCCGAAAAAACUGUUACUAUCGAUCAAGGAACAAUACCAGGGAAUGAGAAAAUAGUUUUGGAUCAACGACCCGCUACUUUUGCAGGAGGCACAAAUAUCUUGGGUCAUAGCGUGCAACAGCAACAGUUACACCAACAACAGACUCCGAACAGCUCGCAUUCACAUCCAGGAAUCUCUGUUUCACCGCAUCGUACCACUAUAUUGACAGCACCUCAUGCUGCUCAGUUAGGGUUGCCACAGAAUUCUUCGAUACCGUUGCGACAGCAGGCUGGGCAUCGAUUCGUGACACAAGCUGUUUUAGUAGAACAUCCGCACUAUGCUGUAUUACCAAGCCAGUCAUUGCAAGAAGAACAUGACGCUAAUCUUGCAUUUGCCAAUUCAAUAGCUAAUUAUUUGUCAAGGUUAAAUGAGGAUGAGAAGGCAGUGGCGAAAAUGAAUAUUCAACGCAUACUUAUGGAUGCACGAUUUGGUUUGGGUGCUUGCGCACGAAUGAUCCAUGAUGAAGAAUUGAAUGAAGCUGCUGUUGCUGCUGCUGUGGUGAGCUCCGCUUCCCAUGAUGUUGGUUCGACACGACAGCAUGUUGAUGGUACGUCACAACGACUAAAUUGA